UCAGAUACAGACACACAGACAGAUGGAAAAAACAAUGUGAGUGAUAAGUGAAAAUAUGGAUAAGUCCAAAAGUUGAGUUUCGUGAAAAACCUUAUUUCAGAUUUUAACAGUUUAUUAAAAGGAAAAAAUACCCAUAUAUUUGGAAAAUGACACACAUAGAAAAACACCAAACCCGAACGGGAAAGGAAACCAUUCAUUCAGGGCAUUUUAUGGUGUCACAUUUUGAAGCAGAAGAGCAGGAUGAUUUUGAUGAUUUGGCUGUUCCUGUGCCUGACGAGGAACAAACUGUUCAGAAAAAUACUGUGGUUGCAAUGUACACAGUACCUGGCACAUCCGAAACAUACACAUUGUCUGAUAAGGAAGAAAGUAAACAACAUCAACAACUUUCUAUAGAAAUAUCUCUUACAAAGUUAUUUAGAUGUAUGUCUCUGGCAUACAGACAAAAACUAACCUCACCAAAAUGGAAUCGUUUCAAAGGUAUAAAACUCCGCUGGAAGGACAAGAUCAGGUUAAACAAUGUUAUAUGGAGAUGCUGGCACAUGCAAUUUAUAAAGAAACAAGAUACAUUUGUGUGUCAGUUCGCCUCUCCUUUAGACGUUGACACACACGUCAAACCAGAGACAACUAUAUUAGAGGGUAAAUAUUGGAAAAGAAGAGCAGAAGCGGUUAUAGCAGAAUAUAAAAAAUGGCGCAUGUUUCAUAUUAUGCGACUCCUUGGCAAAGGGGACACCUCAGUCCAGGACACGAUGUCGGACAUGGACACGGUGGAGUCGUUCUCGCAGUGCAGCGACCUGGCGGCCAACAUGCUCACCGACGAGGACUACCUCAACUUCAUGAGUGACACGCUCUUCUCCACCAUCACGAACCACCAACCGUUCGCCUUCCCUGACUGCAGGGAGAUCGCCAGAGGAGCUGGUCUAGCAGAUUUCAUUCAACCAAGCUUGGGUCCUUUGCAGCCUAAUCUUGAUGAUUUUAUGGACACACUAGAGCCUCUCCAAGACCUUCUAUCGAUGCCACGUCUUCCUCCCGUGCCCGAAGAGACCACCAUUCCAUCGGAGGACGCGUUGUACAGGACUGGAAUGUCGGUAGAUUCAUAUAAUCCACAAGGUUAUAUUGCAGGCAGUCAGAAUACUUCUGCAGUCACAAUGCCCACCAGUCAGAUGAGCAUUCAUGGUACGAGUAACAAUACUCAGUCGAUGUCGAUGCCAGAACAAGUCAAAGGCGAGGAGAUGCGAAUGUAUGAUAAUAUCGCCUCCGAGCCCGCGCUGCCGCAGGCCAGCGUCAUGCUGGCGCAGCUGCUCUCCGCGCACCACUCUCAAAACCUAUACACAAUAAAGGGUAGCGAUGAGGGCGCGGGGGGAAGUGAGCCCACCAAAUCGCCGAUUAGGAGGGCCCAGCCUUCGCCGAUUGAAAACGAAGUUAUGUCCCCGCAUCAGUCGCUGUCGCCGCCGGGGUCGCCGGCGUCGCCGCGCGCGGGCUCGCCGCGGGAGUCGCGCGAGGCGCGCCGCUCGCAUCUGCACACGGAGCAGAAGAGACGGUACAACAUCAAGAACGGCUUCGACACGCUGCAGACGCUCAUACCGCACCUCAACACCAACCCCGCCGCUAAGAUAAGUAAAGCUGCGAUGCUGCAAAAAGGGGCAGAGUAUAUAAAACAGUUGAAGGCGGAAAGAAAUCAAAUCAAAGAGGAAAUGGAGAGUUUGCGGGCGCAAAUCGAUUGCUUGAAUAACUCCAUAUCCAACUGCCACUCGAUGCUGCCGGCGACGGGCGCGCCGGUGUCGCGCGCGCGCGCCGGCCGCCUGCGCGAGAUGUUCGCGCGCCACGUCGCCGCGCGCACGCUGCACAACUGGAAGUACUGGCUCUUCAGCGUGGUGAGCGCCGCGCUGGUGGAGUCGUUCAGCGCGUGCGUGUCGUGCGGUAGCGGCGCGGACCUCGUGCGCACCACGCUGCUCUGGGCCGAGCAGCACUGCUCGCUCGUCGAGAUGCGACCAGCGGUGCUGAACUCUCUGCGCGUGCUGUGCACCACCACCGACAUCCUGACGAGUCCCGAGCGGCUGCCGGAGGAGAGUAGAGAAAUAUAG